AUGGGUCUGCUGUGCAAGCCUGCUGAUCGCCCCUGGGGCAUGACCGCCACCGCCAUGGCCUUGGUCGGUGCCGCCCACGCGACGGCCCCAUCCGUCACCCUCAACCAGGGCCUCGUCCACGGCUUCGAGCAGAACGACACCCAUGUCUUCCUGGGAGUCCCGUUUGCCGAGACGACGGCGGGGGAGAACCGCUGGAAGGCGCCCCAGGCUCUGACUUCGUUCGUUGACGGAGAAUUCGAUGCCACGUCGUACGGCCCUUCUUGCGCCCAGGCCAUGUCCGGCACCGCCAUCACGGCUCAGAGCGAGGACUGCCUCAACCUGAACAUCUGGACCCCGCUGGAGGGCACUGACCUGCCCGUCUUCGUUUAUGUCUAUGGCGGUGCCAUGGUCACGGGCGGCAACAGCAAUGCCCAAUGGCAGGGCUACAACUUUGCCCGUAAGGAUGUCAUCUACGUCAACUUCAACUACCGCGAGAGCAUCUACGCCUCGCCCAACUCCCCCGAGCUCGAGGACCAGGUCCAGAACUUUGGCAUCCUUGAUGUCGAAAUGGCUGUGCAGUGGGUUUAUGACAACAUUGAAGCCUUCGGUGGUAACAAGUCGCACAUCGUCCUGGGUGGCCACUCCUCGGGUGGUGUGCACGUCGAUGACUACCUCUGGACCCACCCUGACACCUUCCUGGCCGGUGCCAUUGAGAUGUCGGCCAAUGCCGAGUCCGGCCCGGCCUAUGCCCCGGCUGGGGUGGCCCUGACCCAGGUCGUCGAGGAUAUGCUGGCGGCCGGUGUCACACUCGGCUGUGAUGCCAGCGACUUCACCCUGGACUGCCUGCGCCAGGCGGACACCUACGAUUUCCAGACCACUUACUUCAACUCGACCUCCAACACCUGGUUUGCCCCCAACAUCGACAACACCACCCGCUUCUCCAACUACACCGAGCGCUUCGCCCAGGGCAACUACCCGAAGACGCUACCCCUGAUUGUUGGUAACUCCGAUCAGGAGGGCCGCCUCUUUUCCUACGUCUACGCGUCCGAGAACACCAAUUUCACCUCGUGGAUCCACACCUUCGACGCCGAUGUCGCCUGGGUGCCUACUGACGAGCUGCUGGAUGCGUACGAUAUUGCCGAUUACUCGUCUGUCUCCUUCAUGAGCGGCGCCUGCUACGGCGAUGCCCGCUUCCUAUGCUCCACAGAUUACCUUGUGGACAUGCGCUCGAGCGAGCAGUCCACCUGGAUCUACCGCUGGUUCGGCAACUACUCGAACGUGCUGGGUAUCGCCGAUAUUGGCCCCUCCCACGGCAGCGAGGUGCCCUUCUUCCACGGCGGCAACGAGUGUUUCUCCAAGCUGAGCGACGUCACCACGGCGGAGCAGGAGCUCGCCGACUACAUGAACGACUGGUUUGUGGCCUGGAUCAAGGAUCCCAGUGCCGGCCCCGGAUGGUCCCAGGCUCAGCCUGUCAACGGCCCCCUGGCCCGCCUGGGUGUGCCGGGCAACGAGCUCGCGAUCGAGACGAGCACGACGGGCGCCUACAAUGGACGGUGCCAAGCCGUCUACAAGCCCAACUUCCCCAAGUACCCGGUGGUGCAGAACCCCGUACUGUUGGACUCGUAG